GAAGUUCUAAUCUGUUAGUGGUCAAAGGGUCAAAAAUUAAGAGGAUUUAUGUUCAGCAGUAAUAUGACUCUUGUUUAGCGUCCAAGUUAGGUCUUUCAGCAAUAUUAACCAAUUCAACGUGUUUCCUCAAUUUCUAAAAUUUAUUUGUGUAUAUAGAAUCAUUUUGUUCUUUGUAUUCAUCUCUCUUCUAUCUCUUGGUUUUGUUACAGAUAUGGCUCAGUACACCGUUAAGAAAAUCUCUCCGAAGCUCGGAGGAGAAAGAGGAACUCGAAACCCUAACGGCCCAACUUCUUCAUAUGACCUCGUCGAGCCAAUGGAGUUUCUUUACGUAGAAGUAAUCAAAACCAUCAACAAAUCUGUCCUAAACCCUAUCACCCACGCAUGUAAACCUAUCGUUGAGAUCACUCUCGGCAACUACCAAUCCUCUACCAGAGAUCUACCAGUGGGACCAAACGGGGCCUGGAACCAAGUCUUUGCUUUCGACAAAUCUACAGCUGAUGUCUUGUCCGUUGCCCUAAAAGACGGUCAGUUUCCUAACAAUACCUUGAUCGGCAAGCAAAACUUCAAGGUGGCUGCUGAUAUUCCGUCUAGGGUUCCUCCCGAUGCAAGAAUGGCUCCUCAGUGGUACCCUAUACCGAGCACUGUGGAAGGUUACCACAUGGAGUUGCUGAUGUCGGUUUGGUUCGGUACACAAGCGGAUGAGGUUUACUCAAACGCUUGGUUUGCCGAGGCGUCUCUUGUCAGUGCUAAAUACGUGAAAAACACGCGACCUAAACUCUACCUAGCUCCAAGGCUCUGUUACGUUAGGGUUACGAUUGUUUCAGGCCAUGAUUUGCUUGCUAGCGAUGCAAAACGAACACCUAACGUUUACGUGAGGGCAAUUCUAAAUGAAAACCUUACAGGUGAAGUCUGUUUAAAAACCAAGCCAAUCGAAAGCGAGAACCCGUCUUGGAACCAAGAUCUCAUCUUUGUAGCAUCAGAGUCGUUAGAAGGAACGGUCAAAUUUGAGCUUUGGGAUCUUAUCGGCAAAGGCCCCCCUCACCAACAAUGCAUAGGGACAUUAGAAAAGAAGCUAUCAGAGAUGACAGCGCUUAAAGUUCCAGGAGCCGCAUCGGCUCUGUUCUACGACGUUGAACCAGGCGGUAAGAUCAUACCGGAAGGCGACACGAGGCGGUUCUCCUGCAGACUCAAGAUGAAGCUAGCCACUGAUCAGUCCUACCACGUCUUUGAUGAAAGCACCCAAUACUGUAGCGAUUACCGAGCUUUCGCAAAAGGGUUAUGGCCCGGUACGUUAGGGAAAUUAGAAGUUGGUAUUCUUGGUGCAACCGGUUUAACACCCGCGAAAAACGUGGAAAAGCAAAGGAACGCUUAUGUUGUGGCCAAGUAUGGUAAUAAAUGGGCCAGGACUCGAACCAUGGUCAAUAACAAGUCGCCUAAGUGGAACGAGCAGUAUUCUUGGGACAUAUACGAGAAGUAUACUGUCUUAACGCUUGGAGUCUACGACAACCAUCACAUCUUAAGUAUGAAUGACGGCGACCAUGUCCCGCUCGGGAAAGUGAGGAUCCCAUUGAGUUUACUUCAAUGGAACAGGAUCUACACUGGUUCUUAUCCGAUCCUGGUGUUAGGGAAAGAAGGUUUAAAGACAACAGGUGAGAUUCAGCUCGCGGUUCGCUGCGCUUGUCCACCGUCAACGUUAACGUUCUUUCCACCUUCCUACGCGUUUGCUACGGCUCCUUUCCGUUUGCUGUUACCCAAGUCUCAUUACAAGUCUCCACUAGGGUUUCCACAGACCGACCAACUGCGAGAGUUAGCUGUCGGUGUGAACUGUCAGAACCUGGCGAGAACUGAGCCGCCAUUGAGAACUGAAGUCGUUAAGGAUAUGUUGUCGCCGAAGAAUAAUAACUUCAGUAUGAGAAAAACCAAAGCUAAUGUCGCAAGGCUUUAUGACUUCUAUACGUGGCUCUCAAGCAAGUACGGUCGGUUAGAUGCAGAGGUCAGGUCCACGACAGAUAACACCCCGAAGUGGAUCACGUUUGCUGUCUGUUUUUGUGUUCUUUGGUUGUUGCCGCCGUUAACGCUGGGGUUGGUGGUUUAUCUAUAUCCAUACUGCCUCGUGUCAUUCAGUGUUUACGUAAUGAUCAAGGUCCUGGUGGAAUAUUACAAGACGUGGAAUGGUACUGGUCCUCCUCCUCCUUUGGUUCUCUUCGACGUGAAGCUCUCGAGGCUCGAGAAACUCGACGACACGCAGGCGCUUGACGAGGUAGCCGAGGAGUUCGACGCGACGUCGGCUGUCGACCCGGCGGUUCUCAAGAUGAGGUACGAUAGGCUGAAAGCUAUGGGUGCGGAGGUGAUGGUGUUUUCGGGGGAAGCUGCGUCACAGUUCGAAAGGUUUCACGCGCUUUGGACGUUAUGUACGAGCAAUGCAGUCGUGUUGAUUUGCGUCCUGGCCCUGCUUUACCCGGUCUUGCUCGUCUAUUACUAUUUUUCGUUGGAGUCUCUGGUUAAGGCUUUCAUUACCGUCUUUGUUUUUAAGUGGGUUAACUUCACGUUUAAUCGGUUGGAUCUGCCUUCUGCCUUCAAGAACUUCUUCAGAAGAUUGCCUAACAAAGAACACCUCAUGAUGUGACCGACCCUUGUCAAAGGAGAUUUUGUUUUUGUUUUUUUUUU